AAAGUACCAAAUUGUUCUAGGUUUUAUUUUUCCACGAGUCGCCUCCACCAUCGCAGUCAUGAACUCUGAGGUGUUGAGGCGCGACGGAGGUGAAGAAACCGAGACGAGAACCGCGACUGAUCUGAGGGAAACUGCUGCUGAUGAAAUCUUUCCAACCUGGGCCGUAGUUCUGCUGGUUCUGCUGGUUCUUCUGGUUCUUCUUGCUGUUUCUGGAGGCCUUUUAUUUCAUUUCAGACAUUAUUUAAUAUCAGUCUACAAGGUGGAGGUGGAUUCAGGAGUGGAGUCUGUUCUGCUGCCCUUUAAGACUCCAGUCCGUCAGCCUGAAGAAGUCACAGUAAUAUGGAGAAACAACAGUGGCAGGAUGGUCGACAGUAACCGCUACAAAGACUAUCAACACAAGCAGUUUAUAAACAAAACAGAGAUGAAGAAAAAUUAUAAAUCUGGAGACUUCAGUCUGACCCUGAAGAACCCCACAGACAGAGACUCAGGAACCUACAGCUGCACCGUCUAUGAUUACAGGUCAGGAACAAUCCUGGCUAAGAAACAAGUGCUGCUCAAGGUCAAAGCUGACUCUCUGAUCAUGGCCAUAGACUUUGGUUCAGGAUACAGCGGCUACGCCUUCAAUCUAAAACCCAGAGAGGAAGGAGGUGAGACCCAGUUAAAGAGAUGGGGUAAAGAACUUGGACUGGACUCCCCAAAGACUCCAACCUGCAUCCUGUUUGAUGAACAUGAACGAUUCCUGAAGUUUGGUUUUGAAGCUAAAACAGCGUACAGCAACAUGAAAGGAAGAGAAGCUGAGAAACAUUAUUUCUUUGAAGACUUCAAGUGGGAUAUCCUGGACAUAGUAAGUAACAUUAAAGAUCUGCAGCCAGAGCUUCUUCUGCCUUGGAUCCUGCUGUGUCCUCUAUGUCCAGACCUGUCUUCUCAUUUAGAAACUGUGUCACUUUCUGAAUUAUCUGAGAGUUUAUAGCUGAACUCUGA